AUGUCGCCCACCGCACAGUUUUUACGUGAAUAUAAGUUGGUGGUUGUAGGUGGAGGAGGUGUAGGAAAGUCAUGCUUAACUAUCCAGCUGAUUCAGAGUCACUUCGUGGAUGAGUAUGAUCCUACAAUCGAAGAUUCCUACCGUAAACAGUGCGUAAUCGACGAUGAAGUUGCCUUACUCGAUGUUCUGGAUACGGCUGGUCAGGAGGAAUACUCAGCUAUGCGCGAACAGUACAUGCGCACGGGAGAAGGAUUUCUUUUAGUUUACUCUAUCACAAGCCGAACCAGUUUCGAGGAGAUUGCCACAUUCCAACAACAGAUUCUACGAGUGAAGGAUAAAGACUACUUCCCAGUGAUUGUUGUCGGAAACAAGUGCGAUCUUGAUAAUGAGCGUGCUGUUAGUCAGCAAGAGGGACGAGACCUCGCUCGCCAUUUCUCAUGCCGUUUCAUCGAGACAUCGGCGAAAUCGCGGAUCAAUGUUGAUGAAGCAUUUUACAAUCUUGUCCGUGAGAUCCGCCGCUACAACAAGGAGCAAGCUGGUGGUUCAAACUCACCCGGUGGUGGGCAAGGUAUGAACAGUAGCGGUGGCGGUGGAAUGGGUGGCGGCGGAAACUACAACAGCGAAAAAGACGACAAAGGUGCAGGAUGCUGUGGGAGUUGUGUCAUCUUGUGA